UGCACAGGAUGUUGGUUGCCGCUUAAUUAAGGAAGAUGGCCUCGUGGUAAUGACUGGAAUUCUUUUGCGGGUAAAUACAGGCGAAUGUAUUGACAGUCUCCUUGGCCUAGAGAUUUACACGGUUAUCAAAAUGUCACGCCAGGCCGAUUCAAGAAACGAAGUAGCAGAGCGCAUUGGAUACAUCACACGAGUCCAGAGUUUCAGCGCGUGCCAUCGAUUGCACAGCCCGACGUUGAGUGAUGAGGUAAACAAGAGGAUAUUUGGGAAGUGCAACAAUCCCAAUGGCCAUGGACACAACUAUAAAGUAGAGGUGACGGUACGGGGAAAGAUCGAUCGUCACACAGGCAUGGUGAUGAACAUUACAGAUCUGAAGCAACACAUCGAGGAAGUCAUCAUGAUUCCGUUGGACCAUAAAAACCUGGAUAAGGACGUCCCCUACUUUGCUAAUGUUGUCAGCACAACAGAAAACGUGGCUGUCUAUAUCUGGGACAACAUGGUCAAGCAGCUACCAGCCAAUCUUCUCUACGAGGUCAAGAUUCACGAGACUGACAAGAACAUUGUUGUAUAUCGAGGAGAAUAGCCAGCCACCUUCAGUACCUUGUAAUUAGUAUGAUCUUUACUAAUAUAUAUUAUGUAGUAUGCACAUCUCACGUUUGAGUUCAUAGAUGGACUUAUGCGAUGUGUUAUGAUAGUAUUAAAGUGCAGAGUUGAGGUUAUACUAUUGAAUAGUAUUGUGCAUCAUUUGCUGGUGCAAUCCACUCUACAACUUUGUUACAAUAAUAAAUGGAAUAAGCUCAAAUUUAAACAA